AUGGGGUGGCAUAUUAAGCUCGUGAUUUGGGUCCAGCUGGCAUACGUCUCCGUGUGUCUGACGCGGGAGAUGUCUGUUGUUCGCGAGUGGACCUCGUUGGACGUGCAGCUUCCACCGGAAGAUGGGCAGGAAUCACGUCGCUCCAUCGUGCCCUCUGAAAUCAAGUCUUGGCUCUUGUACAAAGACAGGCUGCUCGUUAGUGUGGACAGACGUCCAGAUUUGGUUUACCUCAACCUCACAGACAACUCGCCGUCACCGCUGCUCCGACCGUACCCGAGUUGGGAAGAUCAAGAGGAUCAAUACAAUAUGUACAUAGGCAUGUCGGCCUUUCCCCGCGUUGACCGCUGCGACCGAAUGUGGCUGCUCGAUAACGUGUACAACCAAAGUCACAUGCUGAAUAAUAUCAUAGUUUUAGAUCUAAACACCGAUAAAAUCCUGAGAAAACACUUGUUUAAUUGGAACAUGGAGGCCAACUUGGACGUGGCCGUCGAUGACGUCGACUGCGAAAACGAGUAUAUUUACAUCCAAAGUUUGGACUGGGAAAGCGGUUGGACGUACUCCUGGGCGGAGGGAGACUCGUGGUACCAUUCUUGGGACAACGUCACUGCGAUGGUAUUGACACCGAAUGGUAGCGACAGUAUCGCCUACUACAACAAGCGAAACCUGUCCGAGGUGUUCUCUAUUUCCACGACACACUUAAGAAAUAAGACGUCCGAUUUGACGGGACUUGAGUGGAGACGAGGACUGAACGUGGAAUUGGCUACAUCGGUUUUUGAUGCUAAAAGAGAUGUUCUUUACUACUUUAAUGACUCCAACAAAACUGUAAUACACAACGUUCCGUGUUGGACAAACGAGGGGUGUGGCCUAAAAGCCCAAAGCGACAUCGACGUGGGCUUCGACCCGACACAUCAACUGAACGAACAGCACGAUGAAGCAGACCUCAACUCUUAA